AUGUUUUCUUUCUUUAUUUCUCUGAGGAAAAAAGAAAACAAUAACAAAUUUUUAACGUUUACUUCUUUAUUUUUUUACUGUCUUUCUUUCUCCUCGCCCUCUCUAUAUUCAUUUCUUUCUUUUUUCAUUCCCUUUUCUUUCCUUCUUUCUUUCUUUCUUUCUUUCUUUCUUUUUACUCUCACUAGACAUAUUUACAUAUUACCUUUUUCCUUCCUUCUUUCUUUCUUUCUUUUUACUCUCACUAAACAUAUUUGUUUAUCUUCUUUCUUUCUUUCUUUCUUUCUUUUUACUCCCACUAAACAUAUUUCUUUCUUUCCUUCUGUCUUUCUUUCUUUCUUUUUACACUCACAAGACAUAUUACCUUUUUCCUUCUUUCUUUCUUUCUUUCUUUUUACACUCACUAGACAUAUUUGUUUCUUUCCUUCUUUCUUUCUUUUUACUCUCACUAAACAUAUUUCUUUCUUUAUUUCUUUCUUUCUUUUUACGCUCACUAGACAUAUUUCUUUUUUUCUUCUUUCUUCCUUUCUUUUUACACUGACUAGACAUAUUUCCUUCUUUCUUUCUUUCUUUCUUUCUUUUUACACUGACUAG